AUGAAGCGCGCCUUCGCCGUCUCUUCCCUCGUCUUCGCCUCUGGUGCGCUCGGGCGCUCCAUGACGGUGUACAACGGCUGCCCGUUCACCGUUUGGCCUGGUAUGUACACCGGCUCUGGUGCUGCCCCCAGCUACUCCACCGGCUGGGAGGCUGCCGCGUACACCUCUGUCACCUUCGACGUCCCCGACAACUGGACCGCCGGUCGUAUCUGGGGUCGCCGCGACUGCGACUUCAGCACGAACCCUGGCCCCAACUCAUGCGUUGAUGGUGGCUGCAACGGCGGUCUCGAGUGCACUCAGCCUGGUGUCCCUCCCGCCUCGCUGGCCGAGUUUACUCUCGACGCUAACGGUGUCGACUACUAUGACGUUUCUCUCGUCGACGGCUACAACCUCCCCGUCGAGAUCACCAACACUGGCGGAUGCAGUGUCGCAUCGUGCCCUGUCGACCUUGGCCCCAACUGCCCUGCUGCUCUCCAGGGCCCCUACGACUCCACCGGCUUCCCCGUCGGAUGCAAGUCCGCCUGCGAUGCUAACUUGGACGGCGACCCGUCCAACUCUGCCAACUGCUGCUCUGGCCAGUACGACACGGCUGCGACGUGCCCGCCGUCUGGCGUUGCAUACUACAGCUACUUCAAGGACAACUGCCCGAACUCGUACUGCUACGCGUACGACGAGAGCUCCGGCACGGCGCUCUGGACUUGCUCGUCCAUGCCUGACUACACCGUCACUUUCUGCCCUGCCUCUUAA